UCAUGGUAAUACAUCAUUUAUUAUUGUUUAGGGCAAACAACCAACAUAAGGUUAAAAGAAAACCAAGGAUUAGAUUGCUAAAGCUGCUUCUUAAAGAAGUAAAUAAACAAAGAAGGUAAAAUUGUUCCAUGAUUACUUGCUUAGAAAUGGACUAAAGGAAGAGCAAAGGAUAAAUUAAACAAUGCCGUGUAUUUAGAUAAUACAGCCUACAAAUAAAUUGAGACCUAAUUACCAAAAAUGGGUGCAUUGAUCACAGUCUCAACAGUAUCAGAUAAAUUCAAAGUAAAUGGGUAUUUAUUGCUGUCUUAUCCCUUAUUAUAGUUCAUUGGCAAGAAGAUGCAUUAGACAUUUCGCAAAAUCAGGUUUGUUGGUACCAGCUGGAGAUUAAAAUUCUAAAUAAUACAUCUACACUGUAAAUGCUCAAGUUGUUGCUGCUUAAAAAGCUGCCGCUGCUGCUGCUGCCGCUGAUAAACCAUAAGCCUAAAAGAAAGCUCCAGCUAAGAAAUGAG